UCGUAGCUCGUAGUAGGUCGUAUAACUCGAGCACCCAGAAAAAGAGAGAUAUUUGACAGAGAUUACAACUAUUGUGAGCCAAACAACCUAAGUACCUAACCGGCUAACCCUCCCUUCCAAAUUCCAAAAAUCCCCAAUCAAAUUUAUAUCCUGCGAAAACAAAUCAAUCCCAAAUCCCAUAAAAAGGAUAUUUAGAUAUGUCCGAAUCAUCUGCCUCAAAUCCCAUUUUCUAUUAAUCAUUUCCAUGAAUUCUUCUCUUUAAUUCCUUUUUUUUUUUUUUAAUUUUAUCUUUUCCUUCUUUAUGACCUGGGUUCGCAACUUCUAACGCUACAAUCUUUGAUCCUAUCUUCUACUUUCAAUCUUUUACUCCCCCUUUUUCUUUUUCUUUUUUCUAUUUUCUGGGUAUUUAGCAUUUAAUUACAAGAGAUAAAUAAAAAUCAAAUUAGGGAUUUUGAGGUGGUUGAUAGAUUGAUUAGAGGAUGAAGAAGUUAUGGGGUAUUUUGGUACUUUUAGUAGUUUUCGGCGAGAUAAUUUCCGGCGACUCAGCUAGGGUUUCUGAGCCCGGUUAUUGCCCCGCCGCUUCGAUGACUGAUUCGAUCUUAGGGUUUCCGGAUUCCGUUUGUGAUCUUCAUCAUUCCUAUAGUAUUGCUGUUAUUGAGGGAGAUGAAGCAUCAUUGCAGAAGGCGCUGCAUUUGGUGUAUAGUCUCAGUCAGGACUAUGUAGCUGUACUGUUUUAUGCUUCUUGGUGCCCAUUCUCUAGGAAUUUCAGACCAAGCUUUUCAACUCUCUCUUCUUUAUAUCCAUCUAUUCCUCAUUUUGCAAUUGAAGAAUCAACCAUCAGACCAAGCAUACUGUCGAAAUAUGGAGUUCAUGGCUUUCCUACUCUUUUUCUUCUGAAUUCUACUAUGCGUGUUCGUUAUCGUGGUUCCCGUAGUCUUGGUUCGCUUGUUGCUUUCUAUAGUGAUGUCACUGGCAUAAAAGGUGACCCAAGAGAUCAGUUACCACUGGAGAAAAUUGAAGAUUUAUCUAAUCGUGCAAGCAAUGACAACACUGAGUUAGAAAACUGCCCAUUCUCUUGGGCAAGGUCUCCUGAGAAUCUUCUUCGGCAUGAGACAUAUCUGGCUUUAGCCACCACGUUUGUGCUCCUGAGGAUGCUGUACCUCCUAUUCCCAUAUCUACUCGAGUUCUCUCGAUCUACUUGGAGAAGGUACAUGCAACAUGUGAGGAUAAGGACCUUAUGGGAGCACCCUUUACGACACCUGAAUAGGGUAAAGCAACUGUUCAGUUUUGUUAAGGAUCCUUGCAAGGGAAGCAACUUUCAAGAAGGUGCUAUAAACGCUAGGGCAUGGGCUUCAAAGUCACUAGCUUCAGCAGUUUCGAUUGGUGAUGCAAGCACCAGCAGAGGUGCGACAGUGUCUGCAAGUCAAUAACAUGUUCAGCCUCAGGUUUUCUCUUUUUUUGUUUUUUUUUGGGCUUUAUUUUGUAUUUGAUUCCUCUACUGGUUUACAAAGCAAAGUAACCUUGAGGGCGGUGAUGGGAGUUCUUGCUCGGGAGCCUUUCUCGUUGAAAGAUGUAGGAAGUCUUCUUUAUCCGUGUUCCAUUGUAAUGACAUAUUUGGAGAUUGAGGAUAAGUAGUGACAUACCAUAUGUGAAUAGUUCAACACAGAUAAAGAGUGUCGAUUCUUGUAUUAUGUAUCUCCCAUUUUCUGUUUUUGACCUAAUUAUUUGAGUUGCUACUGUCAUAGAAAUGAAUCUUCAGUCGUCAGGUUGGCUGUA